CCUCGCGGGGCUCCCUGCCGCCGCACCGGGGCGCAGCCAUAUCUGGGCAAAAUAUUCAGCUGUCGCCAGCGCCGAGAAGGGACUUGAGUGCGAUUCCCUCUAUAAAUAGCCACCGCCUCGGGUGGCCUUCAGGGGGUCCGGUUCCCCAGUUUGGCGACCGAGUUGCUGGCCCUCGAGUCCCGGCAACCUCGCGCGCGCCGUCCUGAUCAGGAUGCCCGGGCUGUAGACCUGGUCGCCGAGGGACCUUGGGAGCCGCCCGGGGCGCCCCCCGCGGGCAUCGGCACGGUUGCCAGUUAGCCCAGAAGUUCGGAAGACAAGGACACACCCUUCCACAAUGUCCUACAGACGAGAGCUGGAGAAAUACCGUGACCUGGAUGAAGAUGAAAUCCUGGGGGCCCUCACGGAGGAGGAGCUCAGGACUCUGGAAAGUGAGCUGGAUGAGCUAGACCCUGAUAAUGCACUGCUCCCCGCAGGCCUGAGGCAGAAGGAUCAGACCACCAAGGCGCCCACAGGCCCCUUUAAAAGAGAGGAGCUUUUGGAUCACUUGGAAAAGCAAGCGAAGGAAUUUAAGGAUCGAGAAGACCUGGUUCCCUACACAGGGGAGAAACGAGGAAAGAUCUGGGUCCCCAAGCAGAAGCCCAUGGAUCCCGUGCUGGAGAGUGUGACACUGGAGCCGGAGCUGGAGGAGGCCUUGGCAAAUGCCUCAGAUGCAGAACUGUGUGACAUUGCAGCUAUCCUGGGCAUGCACACGCUCAUGAGCAACCAGCAAUACUACCAGGCCUUGGGCAGCAGCUCCAUCGUGAACAAGGAGGGACUCAACAGUGUGAUUAAACCGACACAGUACAAACCUGUGCCCGAUGAAGAACCAAACUCAACAGAUGUAGAGGAAACGCUGGAGCGGAUAAAGAACAAUGACCCAGAACUUGAAGAAGUUAAUCUCAACAAUAUCCGGAAUAUCCCCAUACCCACCCUCAAGGCCUACGCAGAAGCCCUGAAAGAGAACUCCCAUGUGAAGAAGUUCAGCAUCGUGGGGACCCGCAGCAAUGACCCUGUGGCGUUUGCACUUGCCGACAUGCUGAAGGUGAACAAGGUGUUGAAGACACUGAACGUGGAAUCCAACUUCAUUUCUGGAGCUGGGAUCCUGCGCCUGGUGGAAGCCCUCCCACACAACACCUCUCUGGUGGAGCUGAAGAUUGAUAACCAGAGCCAGCCCUUGGGCAACAAAGUGGAAAUGGAGAUCGUGAACAUGUUGGAGAAAAACACAACGCUUCUGAAAUUUGGCUACCACUUUACCCAGCAGGGGCCCCGGCUACGGGCAUCCAACGCCAUGAUGAACAACAAUGACCUUGUGAGGAAGAGGAGGCUCGCAGACCUGACGGGACCCAUUAUUCCCAAGUGCCGUAGUGGUGUCUAGUGUGCAAAGGGAAGCCCACGCCUGUGAACUGGACAUGUUCUACCGAUAAUCCAUGUUCCCCAGUGGAGACCAGGAGGCAAACGCUGGCGUGGAACUCUUGUGGUUAAGUUCUUUGUGCACUAAGGUUUAGGUUAACUAGUGACUGUAGUUGGACCUUUUAUAAAAUAUGGUCAAUGUGAAGUUUUCUUUAGUCACAGAAGUUCAGUCUGGUUAUUAUUUAAAAUGAAGAAGCCCUCAAACUGGCAGGUCUUGCUGCAGAUAGCACGACAGUGGCAGUGGCAGCCCAGAAGUUCCCUGGGUGGCCAUGCUUUGGUGUUUAGGUGCAUUUACAACAUGGAACACAUCAACACAGAUCACUCCUCCCAACUAGUCUGGAAGUGCUGUAAAAUACUUUAUUACAGGUUUGGUCACAGCAGCUCAGUAAAAAGAACAGAUAAUCAUGAUUUUUCAACCCCACUUGAAACUUUAACCUCAAGAUUAAAGCUGCCAAAUUGAUUCCAGGAUCAAAUUCCUUUACCCCCAAGAAUGAAAGACAAGCUACAGAAUCUUCUAAGAGUGAGAAAGAUACAGGAUUCCUUCUGCCAGGUAAGAGAAUGGGGAGAAAAAGGCAACGGUGAAAUUUCAAGUUUUAAAAUCUACCAGCCCAGGUGACAGACAUAUUCCUGAGUGCUCUGUCUGAACACCUGGCAUAUACUCACUGCAGUCAGAAAUCACUCUGUCUUUAUUGAAUGCCAACUUCACGAUGGAUGAAAACCUUUAGCCACAGGAAAACAUCUUCCUAUACCUCAGUGGGCAAAUGGCUUACGUGAGGCCAACGCCACUGGGAGAAUUUCCAGUCCACUGUGGCUACGGCACUUAGCAUAGCCCUGCUUACAGACACCAAGUGCCUGCCUGGUCACUUAUGAGACAAAUCAAAUCACAGAGCUCUUGCCUACAAAUGAAGUCUCUGAAGGACAGCAGUGUACAACAUCCAAACGGCAAGGAAUUAGGAGCUCCUGGCCAAACAACACAAGUGAUUACUCUGAACCCUAAUUUCGGCGUUCCUACUGGAUCCCUUUUUUAACACCACAGGAGUCAGUAAAAAUGCUAAAACACAUUGUUCUUGUGCCUUUUAAUAGACCACAGUGCCAGUUAAACUAGUAUUUUUGUUUGUUGCUUUGGGGAAUGAUUUUCCUUAGGGAUCCAGCCAAUAUUACAAUAAUGACAAGGCUCAAAAGCUUUUGAGCACAGCCCAGGGGGCUUCUGAGAAGGGAAAGUCCUGCACACUGAACUGUAAUGCUAUGGACAGUACAGGGUAACUAGAGGUGACGCCAGGGCCUCACCACUAACAGUGUCUAGUGAGGCUGCACAUGGGCCCAGGAGUGGCACCGAGCUGCAGGGACGGCCAGCCCCACUCAGCUUCUCCUUGAGACACAACUGCAGCUGCAUUCUGCAUCACUGGAAACUGCAACAUAAUAUUAAAGCCAUUGGUCUAUG